AAAAUUAAAACAUGAUUCAGAUAAACUAUAAAAGAUUCACGAACACGGUUGAUUAAUUAAUGUACUUCGGGCUAUACCUACCUCAAUGUGGAACAGCUGUGAAGAGUCUCGGUUAAGUAAAUCCACUCACACAUAGGAGAUGUACACACAUUGCACUGUACUUGAAAAUAUGAGUUUUUUUUAAGUAUCAGAGAACCACAUGGUUACUGUACUUAUCCCCACCAAAUUAUUUCCACUGAAGCAUCGUAGUUUCCCCGAUAAAACACUUGUUUACCUUUCGCUCGCACAUAUUCGCUCGUCGGGGCAUGUCAACAGAGACGGAACAAAAUGUGGAGCCGACAGAAAUGCUUGAAACCGUUGUGCGACAGAGAAACAGCAACCGAUCGAUACACAUGCAAAGGUAUGAGUCAACGAAAUAACCACGCGAAAAGAUACUUUUAACAAUCGUACCAUCUGAGAAACGUUUUCAGUCUUAAAAAAACGCAGAACAGGAUCAGACGAAAUUGUGUUCAAUUUCAUGGAAAAAGAAAAUUAAAUUUUUUGUUGUUGUACAUUUGAACUUCAUCUAAUCACUGAAAUAGAAAAGUUUAUUUUUAUCAAAUCGAUUUUCGUGAAAAGUUUAUACACACAGAGAGCACACACCGUGUGUGCGUGAAGUUGAGUCGUGAUUAUUAUUUUUUUACAAUAAAGAAUGGAUGAAUCGAACCGUUGCAUCAUAUUCUCGCGAAUCGUGCCGGCUAUUUUCGGACAAUUUAAAAAACAAUUGAUCAAUCGUAAUGUAAAGGACAAUUCGUUUUGAAACGAGUGUUAGAAAGAAAAAAAAAAUUGAAACUUUGUAUGCGGUCAAUGGCAUUGAACAGAAAUCAAUCAGAGGACAUUUGAUGAAAUAGAUGAGCAUAAUUGAGUGAUAAAUGCCAAUGGUGUGAUAUUGAUUAAGAGUCAAAGUUGAAAGUGAAGCAAAGCCGAGCGAAUUGAAAUCGUUGAACAGUUGAGAAACUUUUGGAAAACUGCAGCAGCUGAAAUUUUUAAACUUUUUUUUUUUGGCUGAAAGACACUGAAAAAGAAGACGAAGUGAAAACAUUUUUUUUUGUUCAAUUUCUGGUAUCGUUGUAUUGUGUAAUAGUGCGCGCAAUAUAUACUAUAACAUACCAACGGACUGACGUGUAUGUAUAAUAUACACACGAUAUAAUACUUCUCAUCCCAAAUACAAAACAGUUGAGUAUCAGCAUUACGGUACGGAAGAGGCAUUUCUGAACCGCCUGGGUCUCCAAUCAAUAUUACAAAAAAAUAUCAAUCAAAUCACAUUUUACUGCGCUAAAUGUCGGAUGUGCGAAAUUUCAAUUUUUACAUAAUUCGAAAUAUAUUUGUAAAUGCAACAAUUCAAUUCAAUUGGAAAGUUUCGUGUUAUAUUUGAUUUGUACCACGUUGAUACAUUGCCGAAAAAUAAAAUAAAAACGUGAAUGCUAGCAAGGUGCUGUCAACUUUUGUAUCAGUGAAAGUGUGUCACGUUGAAAUACUAUACAUAACAAAACCAAAAUCAAAAUUAAAGAAAAAUAAGAGAAAAAAAAAUCAGAAAAAAAAGAAAAAGUCUUGCAGAGAGUCAUACGAAACAUUUUUUUUUAAAUUUUUGAUCUGCACAAACAGUGUAUGUGUGUUAACCUGUUCAAAUCAGUGGUGUGAACGCAUUAUAAAAUUUAAGAGAAAAAAAGCAUCUACUACAUAAUCAACAAUGGAUACGUUCGAAAUCAGUCCAUAUAUCUAUCUUGUACCAUUGGGAUUAUUGCUUUUCGUAUUCAUUAAAAAGCUACGACUAUGGCAAUAUCCAAACAAUGACACACAACCAAUUCAAAACGAUUCAUCAAACAACCAAACGGCAUCCCGUUCAUCGAAUGGCAAUGAACUGUACGACGUUCAAAGGAAACAAUCAUCAUCGUCCAAAUCGGUCAUUUCUAAGCAUCAGAAGCAGUCACAGAUCCGUUCUGGAACGGGCACAUUGAAUAAACGUUCUGAGAAAAUGAUUAAUCAUCCAUGGCUGUUGACGUCACUCAAAGGUCACACCGAUCAUGUGCUAGACAUCGACUAUUCCAGCAAUGGGAAAUAUUUAGCUUCUUGUUCUCAAGCUACACAUCAGCGUGGUGCAGUCGAUGAUGAGGAUACAACGAGUACCACUAGCAGUGGAAACACCAGCAGCAGCGACGAUUCACCGAAACCAACACGUUCCAGACGUAGUGGCAGUGGAUGUAGCACCACAUCCAGCACCAGCAGCAACAAUUCGUCGACAUCGCUUACCACAUCGUCGAAAUCAUGUCGACCGAAUCCGAGACAACGAAAAAAUCGCAAAAUAAAUAACAGCAACAGCGGCAGUUCCAACGACGAUAAAGAAAAGGAAAACCAACAGCCGAACAGAAAAUCACAUAAAUCACCACGAAAACGACCGUCAUCCUAUAUACCAGCAACAAUGACGGAAUCGUUGCGCAUCAGAGCCAUAACACCGCCACUGAAAGAGCACAUCAAAUUGAAUAUGCCGGAACACGAACUGAUUGGCCAUUUGAGAGAGUUUAUUUUGACACAAGAUCAGUAUAAACAAAUGGGCUAUCCCCAGCCAUAUGAAGAUGAUACACAUGCAAUAAUAUUCAAGUAUGCUGUCGGUGACAGUAACCGAAUGACAACGGCAACAAUAUCGGUUGAGUCGUCGUCAUUUGAUGUUAAUGCACGGGAAUUUGUUCCCGGUAUGAUGAUUGUUAACGAAAGUGAUGGACUGGCUGGUGACGGCGGUUCAAGUGAUAGUGGACAAGAAAGUGGUAUGUCUAGUCCACAAUGUGAUGACAGUGACGAAGAGCUAAAUAACGUUAAAGUACAUCGGCAAUACGACAUUUUAAGUGAAAAAACGAAGAAAGACUGCGUGCGAUGCAAACAAAAUUUUUAUUUGUCGGACUUGGGUGACUACUAUUCGACCGGAAAAUGUAACUAUCACUGGGGUAAAUUCGAACGAGUCGUUCAAGAUAACAUUUUAGUAUCAGUUUACACAUGUUGUGGACGAACAAGCGAUGCUGAGGGAUGCUCAUUUUGCGAACAGCAUGUGUGGACUGGCACCGUUAAUGGAUUUAAUGGACCAUAUCCCGGAUUUGUAUCUACAAAGCCAGCAGCCGAAACGCCUAGUGACGGUAACUACAGAGUAUAUGCACUUGAUUGCGAAAUGAGUUUCACACUUUUCGGCUUAGAACUGACAAAAGUCACAUUAGUUGCAUCUGAUGGACAAUUGGCAUAUGAGAAAUUAGUCAAACCCUCAUCAGAAAUUGUCGAUUAUAAUACUCGAUUUUCCGGCAUCACGGCAAAGCAUUUAGCAUCGCGCACGGUAAAAACACUGCAAGAAGUGCAAACCGAUUUGCUGAAAAUUAUCAGCGCCGAAACAAUACUGAUCGGUCACAGUCUCGACAAUGAUCUACGGGUCCUGAAAAUGAUACAUCGCAAUUGCAUCGAUACAUCGAUUGUAUUCCCGCACUACUUCGGUUUGCCGUUCCGUCGAUCGCUCAAAUCAAUCGUAAAAUGUGUGUUACACCGUGAUAUUCAGACUGGCGAGGGAGGGCACUGCAGUUUCGAGGACAGUAGAGCAUGUCUUGAGCUGAUGUUGUGGAAAGUGCGAAAAGUGAUGACCUAUUCGCGGAAUUAAUUUCGAUUCGGUGGAAUUCAAAUGUAAAUAAUUUUUUAUUUUACUUUUCUUACGUCAGUGGGACGUGAUUUCAUUUUUAUUUUAAAUUUAAAUAGGGCUGUUCUAGAGCAGCUGUAUAUAUCGAGCAUUUUGAUCGUUAAGUUUUUAAAAUCGGAAAAGUUGAAGAUUCUCAAUAAAAGAAAAAUGAAAAUAAUUUUUUAUGACUUGUAAAUUGGUCGAAUUUGAAUUGCUUUGCAGCUCAUAAAAAAUCAAUUUCUUUUUUUUUGUAGUGAAUAAUUAUUGGUUGGACUACCGGUGGUCACAUCCAUUGGUUUAAUUUCUUCUUUCUCGUUAAAUGCCAUUGAUGAAGUAAUCGGAAAGUGACUGGUCAAUAUUUUUACGAAUUUCAUCCGGAAGUUCAUUUUGAAAAUCGGUGAAUUUUGGUCAUGCUCUAGAGAGUACACAGUUCCCUAUUAUCUAAAAAAUAAAUUUUUAUUAAAUGAAAAUAAAUUGCGCGCCCUACCCAUCACAUGUUCGAUGAUAAUUAUAAUGCUGUGAUUAUAAACAAAAUGCAAAAUAAAAAGCUAAUUGUGUUUUCCAGAACUAGUUAUAAAUUGAAGUUAGACUCGAUCGAACAAAAGACGAAAAGUUAAAUUGAAUUUAUAACUAGGUACUUGGGGAGCAUAACUCUUUUUUAUUUACGAUUUAAUUAUUAAGUUUUACAUACGAAAAACAUUUUUCAUGAAUAUUCAUUUUUUCUUCUUUUAUUUAUUAUUCAUUUCACAUAAUCAAAUUCGAUUUUUUUUAUUAUUUUAAUUUUAUAUUCUUGUAAAUAUUAUAAUGAAAUUAGUGUUUUUCUUAUUGUAUUAAGUGAUGUUCCAUGAAUCUUUUUUUUAAUUUUAAUUUGUUCCUAUUUUAUAACGAAAGAGAAAAAACAAUUUUUUUUUUGGUUUUGCAUAGUUGCCAUGAUGAGAGAAAAAAGAAGAAAAUAAAAAUUGAAGGAAAAACAAUUUACAAACAAAAAUGAUUUUCAGUGUUUUCGUUAGGAAAAUCAGAGUACUUAAAAAACAAGAAAACAACAAAAUGACUAAAAGAUAUCUGUGAUGAUUUUUUUUGUUACUCACAAUACGGUUCAUCGUUUUUUUUAUAUUUACUGUGAACACAUUUUAAAAACGUUCGAUCGUUCGUUAUUGGCAUAUAUUUUUGGUUUUGUGUUCCGAUACAUUUCGGAUCUAUUUUUCAGAAAUCUAUGUGAGUGAUAGCAGAAUUUCAAAACUGUAAAUCGAAGAUACUUACUUAUCAAUCGACAAACAGUUUUGAUGUUCCACAACUUUUAAAUCCUUUCCUAUUAAAUACAGAUUUUUACAAGCUGUUAAGAAAGUAGAUUCUAUUUUCCACACACUCUUUAUCAGAAAAGAAAAUCCUCCACAAAUUAAUUUUUUUGAGAAAGUAAUUCUUACAAAAUUCUUAAAAACAACCCACGGCCCUGUAUGUCGAAUUAAAUUUGUAAAUAUUUGUAAACUCUUAAAAAUUCACAAAAAUUCCACAAAAUUUGCUCUUGAAAUUUUUCUCUGCAAACUAGUGACUCGUAUUGCGAAAUUCACGGAAUUUUAUUCAACAUAACAGCCAGUGGAAAAGCUUUCAUUUAAAAAUCUGAAAGACUUUAUCAGUGUCGACAAAACGAUCGUAUGGUAUGAAGAGAGAGAAAAAAAAACGAAAUAAGUUUAACAUUGCACUUCCUUUCCAUUCAUUUUCAAUAUUAAAUUCAACAUAAAUACAAAACUGUUUUCACGCGAUCGCCUAUUUUCGUUGCUCUUGACGUGUUUGUACAGCAUUCAUUUGGUAUUUUUAGAAUUUUUUUUUCUGUUAGAAAAUAGCGCGUAAAUAACACAAAAACGAAAAUAUUGAAAAUCGCAAUAUCAAGCCGCCCGUGAUCAUGCAGAAACUCGUUUUUUUUACAAUAUUUUUUUUUUACUUUAUAUUUUCCUCCCAUAAUCAAUAUGUACACACACACGGUACGCAUCACAUUAAAAAAAAUAAAAAAAAAAAAAUUUGAAGAAAGAAAAUGAUAAAAUUCAAUAUUUGCGCUGUAUAUGUUACAAUGAUAAAAUCAAAACAGAAAAUAUUUUUGAUAAUGAGAUUAGCUCACCUAAAUAGUAAAGCGGAAAGUAGCUCGAAUGAUAAGAAUUAUUUUAUCUUUUCAUCAUCGAAGCGAUUUUAUGUAAAAAGAAAAUUUCGAUGUUUCAUUACAAAA